AUGGUCUCCUUCGAUGUGGUAUCUUUGUUUACCAAUGUACCCGUUGAAGCAGCAUGUGAUGUCGCCCUCCAGCGCCUGGAGGCCGACGCUAGCUUACCCGACCGUACCGAUCUUUCUCCUACCCAGGUCACUGAACUUCUUCGUUUCGUGUUGAAGUCCACGUAUUUCAUGUACGAUGGACGCUUCUAUGAACAGCAAGAAGGCGCGGCCAUGGGAAGCCCUGUUUCCGCUGUUAUUGCUAACCUAUACAUGGAAUCCUUUGAGGAGGAUGCGCUUCACGCUUGCCCACCCGAAUUCAGUCCGAGAAUUUGGAAGCGCUAUGUCGAUGAUACUUUCAUUGUUACCGACAGGUCUACAACCGAUUGCCUAUUGAAUUACGUGAACGCGCAGCAACCGUCUAUCCGUUUCACUAUGGAGACAGAAGACAAUAACCGCAUUGCUUUCCUUGACACUCUUGUACACCGGGAUAAUGAGGGCCGCCUCACUACUACAGUGUACAGAAAGCCUACGCAUACCGAUCAAUAUUUAGCGUACGAUUCACAUCACCCCCGUCCGUCAAACGCGGGGUAG